UGGUUUCCGGGAAAGGCCCGCUGGGCUCGGGUGCCGCUCUCGGCGGGCAGACGCGGGAAAUCAUGGCAGCUGAUGAAGAUAACAAAAACCAAGUUCUUAAGGAGAAUUGGCCAAAUGAAGUUAUGAAAGAUGAACAAAAUGAGGGAUUAAUUGGUGAAAUUACAAAGGAAAAUAUUCAGCUAAAGGAAGAGAUCCAAAAGCUUGAAGCUGAGCUACAAGAGACUGCCAGAGCAUUCCAGAUUAAAGAGGAUCUUCCUGAAACAAAGAUAAAAUUCUCACUUGCUGAGACUCCUGAGAAUGACAACCAGUUUUCAAAUGUCUCCUGUUCAUUUCAAGUGAACUCAAAAGUCACUUACAAGCUACAAAAAGGACACGCACUUAUCACCUUUGAAGAAGAAGAAGUUGCCCAAAAUGUGAUAAGAAUGAGGAAACAUCUUGUACAGAUAGACAAUGUAGAUGUGGAGGUCAUAGCCCAGCCAGUGCCGUUAAACUCAGGAGUCAAAUUCCAGGUUCAUGUAGAAGUUUCUAAAAUGAAAAUCAAGGUUACUGGAAUUCCUGAUGAGCUGCCUGAAGAUCAGAUGAGAGACAAGCUAGAACUGAGCUUUUCUAAGUCGCGAAACGGUGGCGGAGAAGUGGAAUGGGUGGAGUAUGACAGGCCGUCCGGCAGUGCCGUCAUCUCCUUUGUGGAAAUGGGAGUUGCUGACAAGAUUUUGAAAAGGAGAGACUAUCCGCUUACUAUCAAUCGCAGCUGCCAUAGAGUUUUGGUUUCUCCAUAUGUAGAAGAACACUUGAAAAAGUAUCAGGUGUUUUCAGGACUGUCUAAGAGGACAGUGCUUCUGACUGGAAUGGAAGACAUUCAUCUGGAUGAAGAAAUGGUGGAGGAUUUAAUUAGCAUUCACUUCCAGCGGGGGAAGAACGGGGGCGGAGAAGUGGAUGUGGUCAAGUGUGCCCUAUACCAGCCUCACAUCGUGUACUUUGAAGAAGAGACUGAUGUGAUCAAGUAACAACUGGAGCCUUUGAGCUCCAAUCACUGGAAAUGUUUGACAAAAAUGAAUAUCCUUUCCCUUUAAAAGAAACUUCUAAGUUUUUGGUGUUCAUUUAUUCUUGGAUUCAAAAUAAAUUUUCAUGUGUUUGGAUUCUU